AUGGAAGAAAUAUUUUUAUACAUUGAAAAUAAUGAGGAUUGUCAGUUUUCACUACAAGAGUUAAAAGGUAUUUGCAAAAAUAAAGUUCCAGAUGAUAAAACAAUUAAAAAAAGAUUAAAGUUAAAAUAUGGUAGUAGGAUUAUUAUAACUGAGAAACAAGGUAGCUUAACAAUUAUUUGUUUUAUUGACACUCAGCACGACGUGUUGAAUAAAUUUUGGCAAGACAGUAAACAACAAAAUUUAAAUGAAGAACGAUUUAGGAUAUUAAAUACUGCUGCAGAAAUUCUUCGAGAAGAUAAUAUUCAAUCUGUCGUAUGCAACACUAAAAAUUAUCCUCCACCUAGUCAAAUGUUUGAAAAUAUUAAUAGUGAAAUUCCGGAAUCGUUGACUUAUUUUUUAGAGGUAUUAAUUUUAAAAAAUAAGCGACAUAAAUUGGAACAUUUGAAAUUAAUAUGUACAACUGUAUGUCACUGUAUUAUGGCUGCCAUUCAUCCUAGAUCAUUCAUCUCAAGACUGCAAUUAGGUCUUUCAGUGUUUUCUCAUCGAUGA